UUUAGCACCGGCGUAAUAAAAAGCCAAAACAUUAGCUUUAAAAAUAUUUGUAUUUGAUAAAUUUCAGAUAUUAAAAACGUGUCAACGUAGAGAGCUUAGCUUAUCAGAAAGUUGAUACAUUAUUUUUAUUUAUGAACGCCAAACUACGUGACAUUAUCUUGAACACAAAUGUGCCUCUGGUCCUCAAGGACUUUCCCGUGAACUGGGAAUGUUUCGACGGAUCGCUAAAAGAUUGGUGCACCCGCUUCGACAAGGAUGCCUCGGAUAUACCCACAUUUGAGAGCAUGGACAUCGCAGACUGUGAAACACCCCAAUGGGAACGUAAACGAAAACGCUUUGACAUGUCCAUGCAGCAAUUCCUCAACGAGUACUCCAAGAGCGAAGACAACAAGAAGGCCAAAUUCGAUUGGGCGGCUUAUCAAUACAAACGUACCGAUGAGCUGCCUCCGAGCUGCUGGCAGGGCAUCGAUUUUAAGCGUUUCGGAUUUGCCGAACAUCAGAACGAUUUCAGCUUGUGGCUGGGCUCUAAGCAUGCCAAUACACCCUGCCAUUAUGACACCUAUGGUAUCAAUAUAGUGGUCCAAGUGUACGGUAGUAAAUCCUGGUUGCUAUUCCCUCCAGAAACAGCGCUGCAAAGCACACGUAUUCCUUACGAAGAGUCCAGCGUCUACUGCUUAGAGAACUUCUAUGCUCCCGCUCCCAACAAGUUGAGCCACUACGAAAAGUUCCAAUCACAGGCCUAUCAUUGUGUGCUGAACGCUGGCGAUGUGUUGAUAGUGCCACGCCAUUGGUGGCACUAUGUGGAGGCAGACGAGAUGUCACUAAGCAUUAACUAUUGGGUGCCGCUUAAGACAGACUUGGAUUUCACACUGGACGAGUUGAUAGUGAAGCAUAUCAUCGAGAGCUUCGUCAAAGGCGAAAGUGAGCAGCUAAAGAAGUAUCUGUUGAAUCCCAACCAACUCGAGGAAAUUGUCGAGAAAGCCAGUUCGCUCUUCAGCCUCUUCGAGAGCGCCGUUCACAAUCAGACCACCGUAAGCAAACGCAAACUGUGGGAUGCCGAGUACAUGAAUCAAAACGAAGUUACCCAGGUCAUCAGUAGCAUUGGGAUACGAGUGCGAGCACUGGAUGUGAUGUCCAAGGAGGCAUAUAAUCUGCUGAUACAGAAUAAUUCUAUGCGACACGAAGCACCUAAAGACGCAGCACUCGCCACAAACAGCAAUUUAGAGAGCAACGUCAUUAGCUCAACGCUGGAACUACUUAUCAAUAGUAUGUGUGCACCACGCUGCAUUGCGGGCGUUAAACGGGAAUUGUUUCGAAGAUUGGGAAACAGUGGAAACUUAUAGCGCUAAAUGAACGGUACGUUUAUUUUGUGAUACGCAUAUGAGAUUAGA